AGUUUUAUAGAAGAAUUCAAACGGAAAAGUUGAGAAAGUUUUCAGAUUUUUUAAUAUUAUUACGGUCAUAAUGAAGCUGCUGAUUUUAACGACGUUUACAUUUAUUAUCUUAAGCACUAAAGAAACGCUGACGACAUCACUUCAUAAAGAUGACGUUGCUAGAGAGUACAUAAAUAUUAAAGCAACGACUGAGAUGUUUGAUGGUUCAGAUCAACCUGAUGAAAAUAUUCUUUCAUUGAGUAUUGAUCGAUGUUCACCCAAUGAUGUUAAGUUUGAGGAGUGCAACUUUUGUAAAUGCGCUUUGAACGGGAGAGGCUGGCUGUGCACUCGAUGGGAUUGUAGUGGUCAAGAUAGUGACGAGUAGUUCAAUCUAAACAAUUAAAUGUUUUCAUUGCCUCUCAAUUAUUUGAAGAAUAAAAAUUUUGCUGAGAUUUUGUAGAUUUAUGUUUGGAUUUUGUUUCACAAACUGAUAGAAAACAAAUAAAUAACAAAGGAAAUAAACAUGCAACAGUCAGGAACAUGCAUGCUUUCAUGUUAUUGAUGAAAUUAUCAGCUGUAAAUUUAGAAUUCAA